ACAAAAACUAAAGAAAGCGAUUCAUCAGAGACUCAGUCUCACUCGAAGAAAGUAAGUAAAGAAAGUUUCUGUUAAUGCUUAACUGAGAUUGAUUAUAGAGAGAGAGUGUGUGUGUGAUCCAGUCCGAACUGGUGUACGGAGUCUUAUUGUGAAGACGCACCCAAUUCCCUCCUUCACUUCCUCUCAAAUAUUCACGUACACACUACUCUCUUCUGUUAACCUACGCCAUCAUCAUCAUCGUCGUCAUCACCAAAACCAAAACCGAAGCCAAAACCCCAAUCUCUCUCUCUCUCUCUCUCUUAAAUUAUUAUAAUUAUCUUUUAAUUUUUAGGAGCAGGAGAGAGAGAAAGAGAGAGAGAGAGUGAAAGAGUGAGGCUAUAUCUGAUAUAUUCUGAUCUAGCUCUCCUUUUUCUCCUGGUUAUGGCGGAGGGUUUCGAGCCAUACCAUGUCCCACAACAAAGCCGAAGAGACAAGCUCCGAGUCGUCGUAACUCAGUCCUCAACCAACCCGGCUUCCGGUUCGGCUUGCAUCGACGCCGCCGCUAACUUUCACGGCUCCGGUGGCUUGCUUCCUUUAGCCACUUCUUACGAUCCCACUGCCGCUAUUUCGUCCGAUUUGCUAUCGUGCACUCCUCAUCAUAAUCAUCAUCAGCAUCAGCAUCAUCAUCACCACCACCAGCUCUCUCACGCCGCCGUCGGAAAAGGAGUGUCUUCUCCGGGCUGUGUCGACGUUUCUAAAGAAGAAGGAGUGGUCAACUUAAUGGGUUUGGUUAACGGGUCUUCUUCCACCUCGUCUACGUCUAAUUUUCGGAACCCGUUUAUGGAUCCGAUGACCUCCAUUCAAGAUAUUAACAGCAACCCUUUUCUCUUCUCUUCCCAAACCCUCCAAAGCCUCCGAGAUUUCGAACAGCAGGGCUUCAACAAUGGCGUUUUCAAACCUGAACCACUUUCCCUCUCACUCUCUUCUCACCAUGACCCGACCCGGAUUCAAAACACCAGCAACAGUACCAAUUCCAACCAGCUCCCUUUGGAGCUGAACCUACAGAGAUUCGGGUCCGCGUUUUACGGAGGAGGGUCUGCAACGAAUGCUAAUACAACCGCGGCGGCCAUUGUUGGUGGCGGGUCGGGGGCUGGUGAUGGAGUCGGGUCUCGGAGCUCCGCUCCUCUUGGUCCAUUUACGGGCUACUCUUCGAUUCUGAAGGGAUCAAGGUUUUUAAGGCCGGCCCAGCAGUUACUUGAAGAGUUUUGCAACGUCGGAGACAGGGUUGUUUACGCUGAAAACCUUUCCGCCGAUCCUUCUCUGUUGGAGAGUCCGGUAGAGGGCUUGAGCUCCGGUACCGGAGGAGUAAAUGUUGAUGAUGUUGAGCUAAGUAGUGGUGUUUCCGAUGGUGGCGAGAGUAGUCGGAAAAAGAAGUCGAGGCUUAUUUCGAUGCUUGAUGAGGUAUACAGGAGGUACAAGCAGUACUAUCAACAGAUGCAGACAGUGGUGACAUCCUUCGAGUAUGUGGCCGGGCUUGGCAACGCUGCUCCUUACGCCAACUUGGCAGUGAAAGCCAUGACCAAACAUUUCAAGUGCUUGAAGAAUGCAAUCAUGGACCAACUUCAGUUCUCCAACAAGGAUAACUCCCAUACAAAUCAUGGGAAAGAAGAAGUUCCAACUUUUCGAAACAGCAAUAGAGGUCUUUAUAGCCAAAGACCGAUUCAUGGCUCAGGAUUCCUCGAGCACCAACCUGUUUGGCGACCCCAAAGAGGGCUUCCCGAGCGUGCUGUUACUGUUCUUCGCGCAUGGUUAUUUGAACAUUUUCUUCACCCUUAUCCUACAGACACGGACAAGUUAAUGUUGGCUAAACAAACUGGUUUAUCAAGAAGCCAGGUUUCGAAUUGGUUUAUCAAUGCUCGAGUGAGGCUAUGGAAGCCAAUGGUGGAGGAAAUACAUAUGCUGGAAACACGCCAAGCUCAGAAAGCUUCACACAGAGAGGAUCGAAACGCCACAAGGCCAAAUGCACACGAACAUGUAGCUUCAGCAAGCAAUCUAACGUCUGAAAAUCCAUCCACCUCGAUGCAUAGGGUUCAUGACACCACGUUGAAGCGUUCUAGAAACGAAGUACCAGCCGUCAUGGAUGCUGCUGGAGUAAGCGAAGAGAUGAACAUGUCUUACGACAACUUGCCUAGUCAUCUUCAUCAUCAUCAAGUUGGAGUGGCGGCCCCAGCCAUGAACUUGGCUGGGGUUGGAAGCAACGGAGUUUCUCUAACACUUGGGCUUCACCAAAACAACGGCACCAUUGGCUUAUCAGAGCCCUUUCCUAUAAACGCAGCUCAAAGAUUCGGUCUUGGCCUCGAGGGAAACAACGAAGGAUACGUAAUGGGUGCAUUCGAAGCUCAAAAUCGACAUUUCGGAAGAGAUCAUCAUCAUGUGAUGGGAGGGCAACUUCUGCAUGAUUUUGUAGGCUGAAGAAGAAGAAGAAGAAGAAGAAAUGUGUCAUUUCUGGAGCUGUUUCUGGUCAAAAUAUUGCAUGCUAACAAAGUUGCAAAAUAGAUUAUACUUUUAUAUAUGCAUGAUCAUUUAUCAAUUGACUGCCAGAGAGUGCUCCAAAGUUGAUGAAAACAAAGCUUAGCUUAGAGUGGUUGAAAAUGGUUUUCCUUACUAUAAUUUAAUAUGGGUUAAGAAGCAGAAGAAGGAAAAAGAGAAGGUGAGAGUCCAUAUCUUUCCGCCCAAUGUAUAUUAUCUUUCUCUCUACUGAAAAAUAUGCCAACAACAUAUAUAAAAGAAGAUUGGUUGUUAUAUUCUUGUGUAAAGUUAUUACUCUAUGAGAGGAAAAUUGAUACCAUGUCAAACCAAAUUGAAGUAUUGACAUGGCUUUUUAAGAUGAUUAAUUAUAUGCAUGAAUGAUUUGAAUGCCCUAGAGGGUUUUAUGGUUUUC